AUGGCCGACCACUAUAACCAGCUGGUCGGCGGCAGUAGCGGCGGCCACGGAGGGAGCCCUGAGCGCGGCGGCGGGUCGGAGGGGAUCAAGGAGCAAGACCGCCUCCUCCCCAUCGCCAACGUGGGCCGGAUCAUGAAGCAGAUCCUGCCGCCCAACGCAAAGGUCUCCAAGGAGGCCAAGGAGACGAUGCAGGAGUGCGUCUCCGAGUUCAUCAGCUUCGUCACCGGCGAGGCCUCCGACAAGUGCCAUAAGGAGAAGCGCAAGACCGUCAACGGCGACGACGUCUGCUGGGCCUUCUCCGCGCUCGGCUUCGACGACUACGUCGACCCCAUGCGGAGGUACCUCCUCAAGUUCCGCGAGCUGGAGGGUGACCGCGCCGCGGCCGCAGCCUCGUCGCGCGGCGGCGGCAUGCCACCCGAUGCCGGCGGCCACGCCUCCGGCUCCGGUGCGGGCGUCGGCGGUGCGUCAGGCGGUCAUUUCAUGUUCGACGCCCUGGAUAGGAGCGAUAACAACAACGCCGGUGGCUCCAGGCAGUUUUGA